AUGACUGUUUCUGUGCCUGAGGAAUUCAAAGGUUUCGCUGUUAGCGGUAACGCUGAAUGGAACAAACCCAAGUUGGUUUCGUACAAGCACAAGGAGAUCAAGCCCACUGACGUUGUGCUCGAGAACAUUUGCUGUGGUCUCUGUGGUACUGACAUUCACGCUGCCCAGGAGAACUGGGGCAAGGUCAAGAGAAAAGACUUGGUCGUGGGCCACGAGAUCAUCGGUAAGGUGAUUGCAGUGGGUGAGGAUGUCAAGACUAUCAAAGUGGGCCAGCGUGUGGGCAUUGGUGCUGCCAGUAGCUCGUGCUGUGCUUGUACCCGUUGUGACAAUGACAACGAACAAUAUUGUAAGAAAGGUGUGCCAACAUACAACGGCGUUGACCAUUUCUCUAACGGCUACGUCACUCAGGGGGGCUACUCUUCCCACUCCAUCGCCAACGAAAAGUUUGUCUUCCCAAUUCCUGACGCAUUGGAGUCGGAGGACGCUGCUCCCUUGAUGUGUGCCGGCUUGACAGUGUAUUCUCCCUUGGUGAGAAACAUCCGCCACCUCAAGAACCCUGUCGUUGCUAUCGUUGGUAUUGGUGGCUUGGGCCACUUGGCUCUUCAAUUUGCUAAAGCUUUGGGCGCCGAAGUUUACGCUUUCUCGCGUGGCUCUUCCAAAAAGAAGGAGGCUGCUUCCUUUGGUGCCGAUGGUUUCGUUGCCACUGCUGAAGAGUCCGAUUGGUCUGACAAGUACCACGACAAAUUCGACUUGAUUUUGAACUGCGCUUCUCGCGUGGAGGGUUUUGUCUUGGACCAGUACUUGAACAUCUUGAAGGUGGACGGCCGUUUCGUCUCAGUUGGGUUACCCCCAGUCAAGGAUAAAUUCGAGCUCUCUCCAUUCACAUUCCUUUCGAACGGAGGCUCGUUUGGGUCCUCUCUUUUAGGAUCCAAGAGCGAGGCACUCGAGAUGUUGAACUUAGCUGCAGAAAAGGGCAUCAAGCCCAUGAUCGAGAAAAUUCCAAUCUCUGAGGAGGGCUGCAACGAGGCCUUGACCAGAUGUGACUCGGGAGAUGUGAGAUACAGAUUCGUGUUCACCGACUAUGCCAAGGCUUUUGCAUGA